AGUGACGCACUAGAUGAAACAUUUGGAGGAGGCAUUGUUUUGUAAUCAAGUUUGUUUCAAUAUUUUUUAAAUAAAUUAACACAGUCGGCUGACCCGAGAGAACUUCAGCACGCGAAUAAUCUUUUUAUUUUAGUUAUUUUUAUUAACACCCGGCGAAUUUUGUGAACCCGGAAGGAGCACACAAGCUGCUAGUUAGCUAUUGUUAAGCUAGCAUGUUAGCUUACUGACAGCUUUAGUCGGCGGUGGUGUGCAUGGUGAGCAUACUAUGGAGCCGUUAAGCAUAGUUGCGGAUGAAGUGGCUUUGGAGGGACUGGACGGAAUAACUAUUCCCUCGCUGUGGAUACGACUGGCCGACAUAAAGCCUGCGUUCCCCCUCAAGCUCGACGACUGCACCAAGGAGUUCAUCUGGAAGUCACUCCUCAGCAACAGCGACCUGAAGUUCUAUCAACUCCCCAAGGAGAGAGACGACGUGGUGCUGUAUGACAGGUUUAAAGGCAUCGACCCAGACACGGGCAUUGAAACGGCACAGAAGUUUUCUGAGGCGCGGAAAGAGGUCUACCCGAUCCAUAUUACUGUGGAGAACAAGGAUGGGAUACAGGGCUCGUGUGCACUCUUCAAGGAGAGGACAGAUGUCACUCAGCACGUCCGCUCCAAGUCCCUCACCCCUUUACUCAACCUGCAGGAGGCUUUGGAAAGAUAUGGCCGAAAGCUCGUUGUCGUGGCGUCUCAGGCGCUGCGAUUCAGAACCCUGAUUGGCAUCGACAGCGAUCCCGAUUUGAAGCUGAACGACGACUCUUUCUGUGUGUUGGAGCGAGUGGGCCGAGCUCGAUUGCAGGGAGAGCUACAGAGGGAUCUGCACGGAUGCGCUUUCAAGAUCGAUGCCCGGAAGUUGCACUACAUGAGGAAGGCUCUCGUCAAAUACGGACUCAUCACCAUGCAGUCUCACGUCACACGAGUGAAUACGGGACAACAGCAGCACUCCAUUCUUCUGCUGCUCAAACGCUUCCAUGUGAACAGGAGGACGAAGUACGACAUACUGAUGGAGUACGUGUCCAACAUUCUGCUGCAGUCACCCGGACAGUUCGCCACUUUGCUGACUCUCAAAGAACACCUUUCUAACGUGAAUGACAGUAGCUUUAAGCGCUUGUUUCAAUACAUGCGAUCGGCCAAGUUGGUUGAGUACUGCCAGUACCCUCUGGAGGACUUGGAUCCCGACGCCGGGCCCUGCACCAACAAAAAAGGGAAUAAAGUGCUUGUGCGCUGUUUGAGGCUGUUGAAGCCGUACACCAAGAAGGGUGUCACUGAGGAUGACGACGAUGACGACGAGGACGAAGAUUACGACAACAGAGCUCUCCCUUCAGAGGGGCGCGUCAUGGAGAAGGACGUCCUGUCACAGGCCUAUCACAUUGUGUUGUCCUGCGGUACAAAGGGAAUCACCCAGCGGGAUAUCGGGAUAAGAAUGAAUGUCGGUAAGCUGGAAGCUCGUAUGAUUUGCCGAAGGCUGGAGAGGGACGCUGUGAUUAAGGGAUUCAUGGUAGAUGCGGGUCGGCAGAGGACUACAAGAUUCAUCAGCCACAAGUGUGUUGGUGUGAGUAAUCAACUCCAACGGGUUGCUAAAGAGCAGGAGCGGAAGAAGCUUCUUUACUCGGCACCGCAGACAUCGGAUGCAGAACGGCCCGCCCCUAAAACACCGUCAACCUCUAAGUCGACGGCGACGGAAAACGCCAAACCCCGUGCGGCAAAGAAGAUUCAGAAAGCAGCAGGCGGAGGAGGAAACGAGGAUGCGAAGGAAGACGGGUGGAACUGUGGUGAUGGAGAAGUGGAGAGAGCAGAUGAAGGCUUGGAUGGAGAGGGAGGAAAGUCAGGAGCUAAAAAAAAGACGGCAGGAGGGAAAAGCAGUAUGAAAACUAAUCAGACACAAACUGAGAUCUCCAUCGUGCAAAUUUCACUGGUUAAAUGUGAAAGUCCAGCCAGCAGCGAAUGCACGACCAGCACGACACCGGACUCAGAGUCCACUCCCAGAGCAGAACAAGCUAGAGUUAAGGAGGAAGAAUCCGUCUCCAGUCCUGGCAGCCCCUUACCUGAGAGUGAGGAAUUGAUUGCAGCCGAUAACCCGGUGGACAACAACAUUGUGGACAACAACAUUGUGGACAACAACAUUGUGGACAACAACAUUGUGGUUGUUAAUAAUAAAGGUGUUUGCAAGCCGCAGGCUCGUAAAAAAUCCAGGUGGUCUUCGGCGAGGUCUCAUGAGACGUACCGCCUGCUGAGGAGGAGGAACCUGAUCAUUGAGGCGGUCCGCAGCUUCAGAAUCAUCGAGGGUCUUUUCCCGCUGCAGAGGAUUAUAAAUGACGAAGAGAAGCUGGAUGGAAGGAUCUCAAAGUGUUGUAGGAAGACUAUCUUACGUCUCGUAGACAACCUGUCUAGAGAAGGCUUACUUAAGGUAUACAAGACCACCAUCAUACAGGAUGGGAUCACCAAGAAGCUUGAGAUGGUCGUUCAUCCGUCCAUUCAGCCCAACGAUGACAUAGUGAGCCGAGUCAUUGAACAGGUCCGCUUCAAAAUCUCCAGCUCUUACUCGGCUUUAAGGCUGCAGCACGCUGAAGAGAAAGCCAGAGAACAAGCCAAAGGGUCCGAGGAUCCGAGCGGCAGCACGUCCAAAGACCAAAAGAGAGAGAAGAGACAAUCCGACGAGUUCAAGCCCACAACAGUUCGGGGUUUGGGGAAGACCUUUGGCUUCCAGCCUAAGAUGCAUCGUCUGCGUCUUGUUCAUAACUUCCUCUGGUACCUGAUUUACGGGCAUCCGGGCAACGACUCCGCUGACUUCCAGUCCAUCGCUCAAACGCCAACAGACGUGAGGUGCUCCGAUCCUGACGCCAAACAUCCGAAAGAGUCCACAAAGAAAAACAGACAAACACGGCCAUCUGAAAAAGCCGCCUCUGGCUCUGCGGACCAACAAACGGCAGAUUCUACAGAGUCCAACCUGGUUUUGACGUUAACAUCGGGUGAUGAAGAGGAGGUGAAGGAUAAAGCAACACCUGCACACUCUCAGUCUGACUUGAAAGUGUACGCCGAUGAAGACUCCUGGAAGAAAUUCAUGCCUCCUGUCCGAGUACACAAGGAGUUCACCAGCGGCUGGGCGAUGGUCGGAGACCUGCUCCACUGCCUUCCUCUCUCCAUCUUCAUUCAAGUCAUUCAGAUCAACUAUCAGGUGGAUGGACUGGAGGACUAUCUCAACGAUCAUGUGAAGCAACACCAUCUUGUUAGAGCGCUGCCCGCCAGAAUGAGAAGACAGCUGCUUUACAAACGGAGAUACAUCUUCUCUUUCCAUGAGAACCUGCAGAAGUUGGUCUACAUGGGUCUGCUGCAGUUUGGUCCUGUGGAGAAGUUCAAGGAGAAAGACCAGGUGUUUGUGUACCUGAGGCGCAAUGCCACCAUUGUCGACACCACCAGCGCUGAGCCUCACUACUGGCUGGUCACCGAGUCAACUGACAAACCGUUUGAGAGGCGCCAGUACACUUUUAACACCGUCGAAGACGUAGAAAACUACUGGUUUGACCUGAUGUGUGUCUGCCUCAAUACACCACUGGGGGUAAUCCGCAGUAAGAGAAACACGGAUGAAGAAACGGCUCCUUCCUUUGUGCAUGAACGCAACGUGUUUGCGGGGUUAGCAUACCUGCUAAAGGGCUGUCGUGAAGCGUGUGACGACUGGUCGAUACCAGGAGACGGUAAAGGAGCCGGAGGUCUGGACUCUGAAUUCUUUGCUCAUCUUAAACGCAACUGGCUGUGGACCAAUCACCUUCUCGCUGUCAAAACGGCCCCGAGUGGUUUGGCGGCGAAGGAGAAUAAAAUCAGACUGAAGAGCCUCUUGACUAAAAAUGCUCUCAGGAUUGCACUUAAAGCUGGAGGAACUGCUACACCUCGUUACGUGACUGGCAAGAGACCACAGAUAACAGAAACUGUGGAGGUGGAUAUUGAGCCUGCUUCCAGAAACCAGCGGGUGGUCGGAGGAAAGAAACAGAAGAGGAAGAGAAGCAAAAAGGAGGUCGUCAAGGCCUCGCGCAAGAAGAAGAAGGAGCCCAAGAAACGCACCCCUGCCCACGACGAGGCGGACCACCGAGCCUUAAAAAUGAUGACCAGACAGAGAGUCUACUGGUCUGUACAGGAAGACUCACUGAUGAUGCUCUGCAGUGUGGCCACACACCUGCUCAACAGCAAAUUAAAAAGGCCAUACGUACCUUACUGCGUGGUGAGAGACCUGCUCCACGCAGAGUUUGAGAUAUCGAUGGAUAAAACAUCUGUCGCUGUCGGCCGUCGCACGCGAUACAUCCUGAAAAACCCUCAGACACUUCUGAACUACAGGAUCUGCCUGGCUGAGGUGUACCAGGACAAACCUCUGAUGAAGCUGUUGGAGUCGAAGAAACCUACUGCUCCAAACAAUCCAGAUGAUUGUGGUAAAUCGUUCUCUGAGUAUGCCAGGCUGCUCAGACAGAAGUUCAGCGCUGUUCUUCUGAGCACUCGGGAUGUGAUCAUGCCGGACACAAAACGUCAGCUCUUCUCUCGGUUCAAGGUUUCGGCAAUAGAGAGUAGGAAGCAGGUGUCGUGGAAAGACACUCUCAACUGCUCAGACGACAUUCAUGCCAUAGUGUUGCAUAACGUGAUCCAGAGCACUCUGGCCAUGACCAACUGUCAGAUGAAGUCGUCCAGAUCCUUUCAGACCUUCCACAUGUACAGUAAGUAUAACCAGGAGCUGCUGUGCCAAGUGUUCAUACAAUGCAGGAAGAGGGGUCUGGUCAACCGCCGGCGUAUCAAUCAGCCGUUUGGGCCCAAGAAGAACCGAGCGCUGCCCAUCCUGCCCAUGUCCUACCAGCUGUCCCAGUCCUACUACAGGUGUUUCUCCUGGCGCUUUCCUCACUUGCUGUGCACGGAUUCCUUCCGCUUCUUGAGGAAUCUGAUCAACAACGGGACGGGAGACGGCACACCCGUUGUUGAGUUCUACCAUGAAACCGAGAACCGGUCGGAGAGCGGCGAGGAAGUGUUGGAGAGAAGAGCGGGGUCGGAGAAGAAAAAAAGACAAAGGAAGGAAGACGGACGAAGACCAGUGAGUGAACCAGACGUACAAGCAGACACAGCAAACAGUGCCUCCACAAAGGAAGGAGAGAACGACCAAAGUAACACGGAAGGAGAGGAGAAGUUGAUGGAGGUGAACAAUGAGAAAACAGAGGCGGCGAGCAAAGCAGACGAACGGACAAACCCAGAAGAUUGCCUCACAGCUGGUUCUGGUGAAGAUCAACCCAGCAGAGAGCAGACAGACGAUCAUCUGCCCAAAGAAGAGGAGCCUCCAGAUGUGUCGGAGAUGCUGCGGUUCUCCAUCGACUCUCCAGGUGGAGCCUGUUUGGUGUCUCUCAGCCUGAUGUCUCUGGGACUGCUCAGUGUCUACAUGUCCAUACCGAAACAGAUGGUGGUGGUGGACAGCAACCUGGUGGACAACGAUGUAGUCAAGAGUAUGGCAGCUCUGGAUGACGAGGACGAUGACGAUGACGAUGGUGAGGAGUGUGACGGGAGGAAAAAAUUAGAAGUGAAGGCACAUCAAGCGUCUCACACCAACUACCUGAUGAUGCGCGGAUACUGCUGUCCUGGCAUAGUCAAAAUACGUAACCUCAACACCAGUGACAACAUCGUGGUGGAGUCGUGUUUUAUAAGCUUGCGGCUGCGCAACACACCCGCUCACCACCUGUUCAGUACGGAGAGCUCCCCACCGCUGGACUUGACUAAAUGCGGUCCAUCCCUGCUGCCCUCCGUCCUCACCUACUUCACCCGUUCCCCCUCCUCGUGCUCUCCCAACAGUGUGAAGGAGUGUGACAGGCGUUUGAUUCAGCAGAGAGGAUACACUCCUCAUGACAUCAAAGCAUGUGCUCAGCUCAGGAGGAGCUUAAAUGCUGCUGGUGUGAAUGGCUUGGACAUACGGGACCUCUACCACAACCACACACACCUGGAGGAGCCAUGGUUUGGACGCACCAGGAGCCUGCAGCAGUACAUGGAGGAGUUACAAGAAGAUGGCCAGGUGAUAAAAGUCGGGGGUUUGGGCGUCCGUUGGGUGCUCAUGCAGCACGCUGAUCCGUGGUUGCUGACUGUGAACUCCAAGCAGUGGUCCCAGUCCCGCUUCUCAUCCGAAAGACACCCGUUUUUGGAGAAAGUCCACAACAUCCCCUUCAUGCGCAAGAGACCCAAGCUAAAAGUCCGACCGGAGGCCGAGGAACCGCCUGCGAAGAAAACGGUUUUGGUCGAACAAGAAGGCGAGGACAGACGGGACUUGGGGGGAAUGUCGAGUGACGCAACUAAAGAGCAACUGAAUGAGGAAGAACAGCUGGAAAAGCAGAAGGAGCAGCCAGGUGAGGGGAGCGGAGACAAAUCGUUGAACCUGGAGGAGGAGGAGGAGGAGGAGGAGGAGGAGGGAGGAAAGCUGAUGAAGCCCGAAGAGGACAGAGAGCAGGAGACGGUGGAAACUGAGGGAAGAUGGGAAGAAAAGAAAGAUCAUAGAAUUCGAACGAGGAGUAUCGACAGAAGAGAGGAAGAAGCGUGCGCUCUACCAACGAGACCAGCUGGUGUUGAUCAUGAGGAAAAUGUGAGCUUCAUCAGCCGGCCGUGGCGCAUGGUUGACGGCAAUCUGAACCGGCAGGUGUGUAAGGGCAUGCUGGAGGCCAUUAUGUACCACAUCAUGUUCCGGCCGGGACUCACGCAGCAGACUCUGGUGGAACAUUACAAAGACGUGUUGCAGCCAAUGGCGGUGCUCGACCUGGUGCAGGCGCUCAUAGACAUGGGCUGUGUGACGAAGAAAACUAUGUUUAAAGCUUCUAAACCCUCACUGUUCGCCCGCUCCGUGCUCCAGACGAGCCCGGACACGAAAGUGAAGGUUGAGGAUCCGGGUCAGGUGUUCUACGAGCCCACCAUCAGCUGCUGCCUGCGGCUCAGUCAGGUGUUACCCAACGAACGCCACUGGAACUAUUGCAUACCGUGAAAGGCAGACCGUAUCUGGUAUCACACAUUCUGUGAAGGCUUUUGGAGUUUAAGUUAAAAGUUGUUACAAGCCUAAAUAAUGUCAUUUAAUGUUUCAUGUCAUCAGGUUCUUUGACAGAUUUUACUUCUGGUUUUACAGAACGAGGAUUUCUUUUUCCAUUUUUUCUCUAUAGAUUUUUUUAUUUGUUUUUCUCAGAAUUUGAAUAAUUAAAAAGUAAU